GAUACACAACUAGGUUAAGCGACGUCUGUGGCAUCGACACUCUCCCCGGCCUUGACCCACGACUGACUCGUGUUGAAACGUGCAGUGACACAUACCGUACACCUGGGUACAGAGAGUGAGUAGCCAGGCCAGGGUACAGUGCAGUGUGACAGGGGACAGCAAUCUAAGGACAGGUCAGCACUAGCGCCCACAACGAACACUGCAGUAUGAGCGGAAAAGGGAGCAAGAAGCUGAUCAACGCCGUGGAGCGAUGCGUGGACGACAUGCUGGAGGGCUACGUGGCCGUCAAUCCCGGGGUGCGUCUACUACACGGUCAUCGCAUCGUGGUCAGGGCCGACGUCGAGGACUACGCGAAGUCCGGCAAGGUGGCUGUGUUGAGUGGGGGCGGGUCGGGGCACGAGCCAGCACAGACAGGGUAUGUUGGGCGUGGCUACCUGACGGCGUGUGUGGCAGGGUCGGUGUUCGCCUCUCCCCCACCCCAGGAAAUACUUCCGGCCAUCAGAGCUGUGGCCAAACGGAACAAGGGCGGAUGUCUGUUGUCCGUAUCCAAUUACACGGGGGACCGGCUCAACUUCGGCUUGGCCUAUGAGAAGGCUCGGCAAGAGGGUAUCAAGAUCGCUAUGAUUGUUGUGGGCGAGGACUGCGCCGUGACGACGAACGACCGCACCGCGGGCAGAAGGGGACUGGUCGGAUAUAUCGUUACAAAUAAAAUUGCUGGAGCUUUAGCAGAGAUGGGUCGGAGUCUGGAGGACAUCGUUGAGAUUACCACUGCUGCCAUCAAGCAGAUGGGGACUAUCGGCUUGAGCUGGAGUGCGUGUUCUGCACCGGGGUCUGGCCCCACGUUCAGCCUCGGAGAGGAUGAGAUGGAGCUGGGGCUCGGGGUGCACGGGGAGGCGGGCGUGAAGCGCAUGAAGAUGACGAGUGCCAAGGAAGCAGUGAAGAUCAUGAUAGACCACAUCAUCAACCCAGAUAACCCCACACACCUCAAGGUUACCGAAGGUGAUCGUGUUGCUGUCUUCGUCAACAACCUCGGUGCCACCACCGACAUGGAGAUGAACAUCGUCGUGAGAGAAGCCAUUCUGUACCUUGAGAGUCUGUGCCUGCAUGUGGAUCGCGCCUACAAGAGCCCCUUUAAAACCUCCCUGGAGAUGGCUGGGAUCUCACUGACCCUGCUUCGCCUGGAUACCACACUAACACAGGCUCUCGAUGCUCCAACAGACUCCCCACAUUGGCCACGCCCACUUCUUCCAUGUGGGGUGUCCGACAGAAAGACUCCGCCUCGUCUGGUGUUGGACUAUGUUGAGGUCACGCCCACUACUACUUUGGUGGGCGGGGCUGUAGUAGAGCCAGAUUACGCAGACAAACUGUUCGACAUUGUCGCGCACGUGUCCGAGAAACUUAUUCAGAACGAGGCUCGAUUGAACCAAUUGGACACCGAGGGCGGAGAUGGGGACACGGGAAGUACGUUAGCACGAGGAGCGCGAGCCAUUUUAAAGCAGCUUGGUAACAAAGAUAACCCUGGAUUGCCUGUUGAUAAACCAUGGUCCCUGGCACAAGCCCUAGCGUCCACGGCUGAGAACCAAAUGGGCGGCGCGUCCGGCGGACUCCACAGUCUACUGCUGACCUCAGCCUCCAGCAGUCUGAAGAACGCCGUGACGGCAACAGCUUGGUGUGACGCACUCACUCACGGCAUAGACACUAUCAGAAGGUAUGGUGGCGCUGAGCCCGGAGACAGGACGAUGCUGGACCCUCUGUGUGCUGCGCGAGAUGUGCUGUUAACAAGAUUGCAAGAAACAGCUCCCGUUCAAGCCUUCACAGAGGCGGUUCAGGCAGCCGAGAAGAUGGCAGAGGCGACAGCGACGAUGAAGGCCUAUGCUGGACGGGCUAGCUACGUCAACCCCGACCGUCUCACCCAGCCGGACCCCGGGGCCACGGGGGUGGCUAUCUGGCUCAGGGCCAUACUGGAGAAAUUGUAAGGAGCAGCUGAGACUAUUUGAACUAAAACGGAUUGAACAAACGAAUGUUACUGUCGCCAUUCAACACUUAUUCCCAUGCCGUCCAGAGUUCUGCUAUUUUCAUGUGUAUGAGAUGUGGCUCGUUCAGAUGGACAUCACCACAAAGUACACAAGAAAUCUUGCAGUGUGACCCCUCUGUCCUGUCUAAUCCGUUUUCCUUGUUAAAUUGUUAUUUUGACUCGUUCAAAUUCGUUACGUAUGUACUAAAGUACUGUCGGAAAUGCUAGAAAACUGCUUUUUGCCUGUUAAAAAAGGAUAUAAUUUUUCACAGACUGUUGUUAUUGAAAUAUCGAGUUACUACCGAUCGCCCUACCCGUGGUUUGAAGUAUUUCAGUCACAAGGAGUCCUAUCGACAAGUUUACAGGAGACAAAUUCGAACGAAAACCGGAAGUUCACAUUUAUUCUAAGUCCAGUGAUGACAGUCUGAAACGGACUAUAGAAAUAUGCGCACGUGACUCUAUUAUAAUGAUAAUAAUGUAGUCUUCAUAAAACAUCUAACCCAUAAAAAUCAUUUUGAGAAAAUUCUACAUGUGCAUCUUCUAAAAUGACAAAAUGACGCUGCGUUUUGGGGGUUGACAUUGCUCCCAUGAUUUUUCACUUGCUUGAUAACGGUGUUGGAACCUACACCGAAACGUCGCUCUUAAUUGUAAUAAAGAAGUUGUUCAUCCAUAAAUUCUUAUCCUUCCUCAGUCAGUUAGGACAGGCUAGAUUAGGACAAUUCGCGUUAUUUUGAUGUAUGCUCUUUUUAUAGUCCUAUGACUCGUAUUUAUUACAUAAAGCCAGAAAAGCAGUUUUCUAGCAUUUCCGACAGUACUUUAAUAUACCGAGUUCACGGCUAUCCUAUGUUUAUAUGAAAAAGGACACGCCACUCGUCCAAGGAAAAUCGUCUGAAUUGACAAUUUUCCAGGUAAUCGUUCCCAGCAGUAAAUGAUUGGAAAGCGUGUCAAGUCAAGACAAGAACAUUUACAAGACAAGAACAUUUACAAGACCAGAACAUUUACAGGACACGUUACUGCCAGUUGGGAUCAUUAUUGCAUCAUAGUAAUAAAGCUGACCGGUGUUCCAUAACGUUCCUCACAUUGUAUACACCGCCAAAAGAAACGCGAACUCUAGAAACAUAUGGAGCCUUGUGUACGUUAAGUAGAUAUGUUUUGAAUGUGUACCACUUAAUGACAACACUAACAAUCAGUCAAGUGUUACCACAGAGUGUCUGUAUUCUUAUCAUGAUGUGCUGCACGUGAUGUCCAAGCUUUCACACGCUAAUCCUGCACAAGACAAAUACUGCAUCUUUAGUCAUGGAUCAAUGACGUGAAAUGUGAUGCGUUCAUGAGCGUCGGUUCACACGAACCAAUCUAAGAUAUCUUGAAUAAGAGUAAUUCUUCAUAUAUUAACCAGCAUGUAUGGUAUUCGCGAUUCUUUUGGUGGUGAGUAUACUACACGGAAUACACCAGGAAUACCGAGGGAUAAAGUAUUAAAGUUUACAUUAUUUGCAUUC